UAUAGUUCGAUAAAAUAUGGAGAAAAAAAAGCCCUUUAUAAGAGUGUCCUGUGUUCUUGUAUAUGUACAUAAGAAUCAUGUCAAAAAUUUAGUGACAGUAUCAAACUUAGUACACAGAUUAUUGUACUGUCACUUUCUUCAGUCUGUACAUCAAAGACUCAAUAGAUCUCUGUAUUCUAACUCCAUCACUCUCCCUCACUUGCUGGGAUGCCUCCCUCAAGCUCCGAAUCCCACGUCCCAAGCUGGCAAUUGAACGAGCCGAAGGGAAAGAUUCAGCAACACAUUCAAUCCCAUCUCCACACAUGAGCAACCCAGAAAGGGUCAUGAUGCUCCCUCCGAAUGUAGCCCAAGGCAGGAACCCGAUAGGCCUGACUCUUCGUUUCCUCAUUAUCUCGUAGAAAGCCGUUCUCAUGGCUGAAACGCUGGUCUUCUCGACGGAGGUUAUGAUCCCAUGGGCCACUGUUCGGAUCUUCUCGGCAGAGACAGCUGCCUUGGUUGGCCCGCUCUUGGUCAAACCGAACGACAUUACCUUCUGGGUUUGGGUAAGCACGAGCUUGAGUGAAGCAGGGAACUUGAAACUCACGACCUUCAUGAAUGUCGAUGCAGGGACCACUUUGGAAAGAGACGAGACUCCAACAACAGCUGUCGCCCCAGCGCCAACUGCUACCACCGGUUUGUUGGGGAAUAGCCACCAUCUCUUGUUGUCAUCCUCCUGGUUCGAAGCUUCCCCUCGAGAGUUACAAUCCGUGAUGAGUUGUCCGAUUAGGCCUUUGAUUUCAAGAGAGCAUGAGCAAGGAGUGCUUGAGACUUCUCUUCAACUGGGAGAUCUGAGAAGUUGGAGUUUGAUUUCUCAGGCUGCCUCAAUUUUCCCAUUGGUAAACGACCAGCAUUGUUUAGGGCAAUUCUUAAUCCUUCAACGGCUAUCCGGAAGGUCAAGAAGCAAUGGGUAUAUGGAUUGAGCAAAUGCUGGCACCAGGAAAGUGGUUUCUGGCUCGAUUCCUUUCGACACUGAAACAGAAGAGCCUGUCUUUGGUAGAGCUGCAUCCAUGUUGGAACGCAAUAGCAUUACCAUCUUCGACUGGACAUCAGAAAGGGGUAAUCUUUUUGGACUCGAGGAGACAAUUGAAGCUGCCUGGUGAGGGAUCAAGCUGCUGACCAGUCGUUCAACCGUGCCUGGUUUGUCAGCUUCGUGAGUAGGAUCCGCCAUGGUGAGGUUUCUUGUGCAGGGUGCCUCAAGUACAAAGAAUGAUGAACCAAUCUCUUUGGCAGUCUUAUUGGCAGUCCAAAUGUGGGCAUGAAAACCAACCCCAAAUAUUUCCCUCAACACUAAGUUGCCUGCUAUGCUUUCAUACUUCUCCUUAUUGAUCUUCUGAAUGAAACAUUGUUUAAGUACACCAAAUGAUGAAGUGGGGACCAAAUCACCAUUGUUAGCUGCCAACUGAUUCUCUUCUAGAAGAGUUUCAAGGACAGUUGGAUCCCCAACCUGAGAGAUAACAGCUU